AUGGCGUCAUUGUUGAGCCCAGCAUUCGCAUACACGGUGGUUUACGUGAAAGACGUAGCCAAGUCCGUAGCUUUCUACGCCAAGGCAUUUGGCUACACCGUGCGUCGCUUGGACGAAUCCCACAGAUGGGGAGAGCUGGAGAGUGGGCAGACCACCAUAGCCUUCACACCUUUGCAUCAGCACGAGACGGAUGAUUUAACUGGUGCGGUUCGGAUCCCACGGUCCGGCAACGAGAGGGCCCCAGUUGAGAUUUGCUUCGCUUACCAAGAUGUUGAUGCUGCCUUCAAGAGGGCAGUGGAGAAUGGAGCAGUGCCGGUGAGGGAACCAGAGGAGAAAGAGUGGGGACAGAAGGUGGGUUACGUUCGUGACAUUGAUGGCAUUGUGGUGAGGAUGGGAAGCUAUGUCAACGAGCCACCAUCAUCCAAAUAAAAUGGACUCUCAUUAUGCUCCUUUUUUUUUUCUUUUUCGAGUCAACGUUUUUUUUUGUUGAAUUUGAUUGGUGAAUGUAAUAUAUAAAUGAGUUAAUUUGAAAACUCUAGCUUUUCAUGCUUGCAUCAUCGUUUAUCCAAUUCAUUUAACGUUGUGUUUGGAACCAUUUUCAUUUUUUAAAAGAAAAUGGAAUUUGAAAGGAUUUGAAGAAAUUAUUACUACAUUAUAAAAUUAGAGAAAUUUGUAAGGAAUUUGAUAAGUAAUUACUUUAGUUUACCAAAAUUACUCUCCUACAAAUUCCUUUCAACGUUUCAAGUCCUACAAACCAAUUCC